CUCCGUUCUGAGUGGAUGAGUGACUGCCUCUCAUCACACAGACGCUCCGGUUGCUGCCUGACACUUUUUCUCCCAAUUAUUUCACAGAUCUAUCGGGUAAAUGAGUCCAAUUAAUAGUCUCUGGUUCAAAUGGAAGAGCCUGAAGUUGCCGUGGCGCACUUCCUACCUUGUCGGCCACGAUCUCAAAGGCAACACAUAUUGGGAAUUUAAAGAUGCUUUGAACGCCAACCGAUAUCGUCGCAUCGUCAAAUGCGAUCCGAAGACCCACCUUUCCGAUGUCGAAGUUAGCCCACAAUGGCACCAGUGGCUCCGAUACGUUCGAGCAGACCCUCCAUCGAUCCAGGAACAGCAGCAGGACAUCCUUCGACAGAUUCAAAUCAAGGAAUUGGCUCGUCUUGCUGAUGAGCGUUGGGCAAGCAAGCCCUCUUAUCUUGACAAGCCACAGACUCAGCAGCCUGCCCCGGCUACUCAGACCAGCGACGCGACGAUGAAUCCUCCCAAGAUUGAGAAACAGACAAGCAAGGCUGAUCCUCCUGCCCCUCAAAACGAAAAGAAGGAAAAGCGGACUGCAAAGCACGACCCUUGGGCAAAGGCGGCCAGUGGUCCAGGUGAGAACUGGCAGCCGGAUUCAUGGAAUCCGACGUCCUCUCAGAGAUGAGUUGAGUCUCGCUGCUUGGAGCUUGGUCUUUUAUCAAUUUGGUCUUCGAUGGCAAAUCUACUUCCGUCCAAGGGGCGACUCAUGCCACGAGAACAAGCGUCUCUCCCCCCAAGGCUGCCCGUAGUCUCAACGCCCGUCUUGAUGUCUACCAGUCCAUUUACUGCACUCUCUAACCUUACUUCGGAGGCAAUCAUAGGUUGCUCAUCGUUCCUUGCCUGAGAAGAGAGUCGAUGCAACCUAUCUUCUUGUACAAUCGGUUGAAUCUUCAAGACGGGGCUACUCUUUGGUGCAGGAGCUUCUGAGCGCACCCAUGUCAGCUUCGAGCGACAUUGCGUAUCACCCAUUUUAAGAGUGUAUUAUAGCUAUGUAUCAGGCGAUCUUAAACGAGAAUCAUACCACCCCUCACAACGUUAGUUGGGC